CUGUGUGUGUGUGUGUGUGUGUGUGUGUGUGUGUGUGUGUGUGUGUGUGUGUGUGUGUGUGUGUGUGUGUGUGUGUGUGUGUGUGUGUGUGUGUGUGUGUGUGUGUGUUGGCAUGUCCCAUCAUGUAUGUGCUCUAAUCAGUAGUCAGGUUGGGAUUGUGGUCCCAGCACAAUAGACCCUGCUGCGCCUCAAGAGAGACAGCAGCGAGUCAUGAAUGAAUGAAAACCACCAAUGUUUACCGGAGGCGUGUUCAUGAAAGAAGCGCACCUCCAGGGUCAUCGACACUCAGUUGGAGCCGCGCGUAAAAUCUAGAGAAAGAAAAUGUUGUCAAGCGUGGUGGCUCCGAUUGCGCUCCUCCAGAUGUGGGUUUUGUGCGCGUUGGCCUUCUCCAACGUCUCACUGGACAACGAGGUGCGCUCCAGCUUCCUUCAGAGGCGACUGAGGAACCUGGAGCGCAGGGAGAUCCAGCGGGAAAUCCUCUCCAUCCUGGGGUUGCCGCAGCGCCCGCGACCGCUCACCAAGCAGCCCGCUGCUCCGGUGUUCAUGCUGGAUCUGUACCACACCGUCUCCACGGACGCGGAGCCGCCCGGACACUCCUAUUACAAGCCGGUGUUACAGACCCCGGUCUCGGCUGUGGUGUCCCUGCAGGACAGCCACUUCCUGGAAGACGCGGACACCGUGAUGAGCUUUGCCAACCUCAUUGAUCGGGAUCAGGAUUUUCUGUUCCAGCCGCACUCACAAGAGUUUCAGUUUGAUAUUUCCCGUAUUCCAGAGGGGGGAGCUAUCACAGCAGCAGAGUUCAGGAUCUACAAGGUUUUCAUUCAGGAGCGGAUCCAGAAUGAAACCUUCAGAGUCUGCGUCUGUCAGGUCCUUCAGAAGACCUCAAACAGUGAAGUGGGGAUGUUGCUGCUGGACCAGCGAGACGUUUGGGCUUCAGAAGAAGGAUGGCUGGUUUUUGACCUGACCGCUACCAGCACCCUCUGGCUGGUUCGGCCUGAGCAGAACCUGGGUCUGCGCCUGAUCCUGGAGGACAGCCACGGCCAGAGGAGGAACCCCCGACUGGCUGGCCUGGUGACAGGCAGAGAACCAAAUGACAAGCAGCCCUUUCUUGUCAUCUUCUUCAAAUCCAAAGAGGUGCGAUUUAGAAGCACCCGAUCAGCCCACGGCCAAAAGGGGCGCCAGUCGAAUCGCUCCAAAGCGCAGAGGUCAUCCCAGGAUGCUCUGAGGUCAGCGGAGGCUGCAGCAGAUAACCUUCGGUUCUCUAAAGAGGGCUGCAAUAAGCAUGAGCUGUAUGUCAGUUUUAGAGAUUUGGGAUGGCAGGACUGGAUUAUUGCACCAGAAGGCUACGCUGCAUAUUACUGCGAGGGAGAGUGUGCGUUCCCUUUAAACUCGUACAUGAAUGCUACCAAUCAUGCUAUCGUGCAAACUCUGGUGCACUUUAUCAACCCAGAGACGGUCCCUAAGCCCUGCUGCGCCCCCACGCAGCUCCAUGGCAUCUCGGUUCUGUACUUCGAUGACAGUUCCAACGUCAUCCUCAAAAAGUACCGGAACAUGGUGGUCCGAGCCUGUGGCUGUCACUAGCUGCUCACUCUUUUGUUGUUACAGGAGUCAUGCAAAUCUGAAGAGACACUCUAAAGAAAAAGAAGAGAAGAAAAUGUGCUUUAACCUGGGGUUGUGUUUUAUGAUCAGGAGCUAAACGGACCUAAACCACUACUGCAGCCCUGUACGGACUGGGGAAAUCUGAGAAGAUUUAGCAUGGAGGUUAAUCCACAUGAAUGUGUGGGAUUAUUCCUGGAAUUAGCUGCUGGACUCAGAUUUGUUUAGACUGAUCUCGCUACAAGUGAGAUCUUCAGGAGCACCGACACCUCCACAGCAGGGUCCCUACGCUGCAAACCCUCAUUUGAGUUACUUUGUUCGAUUUUUUAAACACGGAUAAAGGUUAAAUGGAACAUGUGAGGCUUCAGCAGUGGAUCAUAGAUGUGUGUUUUAGAUAUGUUUAUUUUGUAGAUGUAACGAGCUGAAGGCAGUAUUUACAGUCACUCUUUAUUCCUUACAUGGUUGCAUUUCAGACUAAAAAGUGAAUUUAUACUUGCAUUCACCCACUUGUUAUAUAAUAUAUUAUGUGUUUCAUUCAGGGGUUGAUUUAUUAAAUUAAUGCUGUGAAGCAAAAGAAUCGUUGCAUAUAGGAACUGAAUGAAGAUCAUGUUAAUGGAGCUCACAUAUGACAUUGGAAGCAGCUUGUAUUGUAGACCUUUACGUCCAACGUCUCUAAACAUGUUCACACAGUCAUAGAGCCGCGGGGAAAGUAUAUCAAAUUGUGAGAUUUUUUUCCUUCCCAUUAUUUUUAUUCUUUUUUCAAUUUUUGAAAAAUGUGGGAAAUUUUUGAAUUUGAGGAGAAAAAGAAUGUUUUGAAGAAAGAUUUCAAAUUGAAAGUUUUCUUUAAGCCCAAAG